AUGACUUCGGCAGAAGUUGAACCAACCAAAAAGAAAAAGAAGGUUCCUGAGCCUUCAUCACUACCAGACGAGCUUACAGAGAACAUUCUUGCCCGUGUCUCGAGAUGGAAGUACGCAUCGCUCUCUCUCGUCUCAAAGAGUUUCCACUCUCUCUUAUCAUCUAAAGAGAUCUACAGGACACGAUCUCAAAUAGGAGCCACAGAAACAUGCAUCUAUGUCUGGUUAACGUUCCGCGAUCACUCACGUGCGAAAUGGUUUAGUCUUCGGACGAAACCUAAUACUCAAACUCGAACCAAACGGAGAUGGAAGACUGGGUUUAAGCGGGACUCAAGUGGGAUGUUGGUUGUUCCUAUACCUUCCUCUUUAACAUAUUCUUAUCCCCAUCGAAGUCACAUCGAAGUAGUUGGUUCGGACAUCUACAUAAUCGGUGGAUACUACAAGAAACCAUCUUCCUCGGUUCAGAUCAUGGAUUGUCAGAGUCACACUUGGCGUGAUGGCCCUAACAUGAACGUGGCUAGAACGCAUCCGCAUACAGUUUUACUCGACGAGAAAAUAUAUGUGAUGGGAGGUUGCGAUAUUGACGAGUACUAUGCCAACUGGAUUGAGGUAUUUGACCUAAACACUCAGUCUUGGACAGCCUUUCCUGGUCCUGACGUUGAUGAGUUACGCAACUUCUUACGCCAAAGAUGCUGUUAUAUAGUUAAUGUGUUCGAAGGGAAAAUUUACUUACUGGGAGGUGAUGAGGAAUACAGUUACGAGCCGAAAGAUGGAACGUGGAAACUCGUAAAUGAGAUUUCGAGUUUCCUAUCCGAUGAUUCCGUACAGGAUUGGUGUGAGAUUGGGAAGGUAAUAUGUUGUUGCACUCGCUCGGGUUAUUUAAAGUGGUCUGCCUCUGAGCUUGAGGGUGGUAGAGUGUGGAGAAAGAUUAAGGGUUUGAAAAAGUUGUGUGAGCAACCUACAAUGGGUUUGAAAUCUGGGUAUGCGUUUAAACUGUUGGACUGUGGUGGAAAACUUUUGGUUAUGUGGUGUCGCAGGUGUCCUAUCAAAGGAAGCAACAAAAUUUGGUAUGCAAAGAUUUCUUUAGAAUCAAGACGCAAUGGACGUGAGGUGUGGGGAAAAGUUGAGUGUGUUGAUGUGCUCACCUUUCCUGUUGAAUCAUAUGAAUGUUUUGAUAGUGUUGCUGCGUCAGUUUGA